GAAAAAUUCAACAACUCGCACGGUCAGUCGUACUCCAUGAUUAAUUAAAAAAAAAAAAAACCGUAGUAAAACAAGACAGACAUAUGUUUCCCGGCCGGCAGGGCUGAAAAGGAUGACGGCCUGUGCAAGCUAGCCUUCACCGGCGAGUUCGGUUAGCAAGUUUGCCAACUCGGCGAUGUCAUCCCACAGUCAGCUGAAACCCUUAAGCCCUCAAGACUGGGAAUCUCUCAUCGACGACUACAACCACGGCGGCGCGCGGCUGCCUCGCUGGAUUUCCACCCAUUACACCGGCGUCCACCUCUUCGACCUCGCUCUCUCCUCUCUCAUCCGCAAGGACCUCCCUCUCAACCUCAAGCUCCACCUCCUCAUCUUCCUUGAAGAGCACUCCCCCACUCUUAUACCCACAACCACCGCAUCCGACGCCUUGACUCGUCUCAAUGACGCUCUGUGCUCCGUCGUUCAAUCCCCAAACGACGGCGUUUCGAUCACUUUCCCCCUCAAAGAACAGUUCCUUAUCUCCGCCACAUCCAUCUUUAUCACGUCCAAUGCCAACGGGAACAGCAGAUCACAUACUAUCACUCCUGCUCUCGUCCCUCAAUUCGAAUACCUAAUCGAGCUUCUGUUGACGAUAAUCAACAGACCUAAUCACAGUGUGGACCGCCAAACCCGCUUCUUAGCCUGCGAUUGCCUGCGCGAGCUAGAAAUCUCCUUCCCCUGUUUACUGUCGGACGUUGUAUCGCAACUUUGGAUUUUAUCCCAGAGCGAGAGAACUCACGCCGGUCAGAGCUACGCUCUGUUACUAGCCACCACGGUCUCCAACAUUGUUACGGUAAAACCUAAUGCUUCAUUCACUAAUGCUUCUAUGCCCUUGGUCCCUUUCAAUGUUCCUUCUUUUCCAAUUGAGCAUGCGGAUAAUGAUGAUAAGCAUUCCAUAGAGAAGCAGAUAUCUGAGUCGAGUAUCAAAAGCCUUAGGAGAGUAGUUGCAUUUCUGCUCGAAUGGCCUCAUAACUUGACUCCAUGGGGGCUAUUUGAGUUUAUGGACAAGAUACUGCCUGUUGCUGCAGCUUUGGAUUUACAGGCGUCCUUGUUGAAGGUGCAAUUCUCAGGACUGCUUUCUACAUACGAUCCUAUGCUUUGGCAUGCAUUUUUAAGGAUGUGUGUGGGGUCUAUGGACUCGUUUCAAGGGCUGGAGUUGGAAAUUGCGCAUAGGCUCGUGCUGCUGUCAAAGGAGUCACAACAUCAUUUGGUUUGGCGGUUGUUGGUGCUUCACUGGUUGUUGGGUUUCAUUGGGAUAUUGAUCAAGAGAGACGAGGGUAAAAGGGAAAAUGUUCUGGAGAUGAGUUCGAGCUUUUAUCCAUCCGUUUUUGAGCCACUUUCUUUGAAAGUCUUGAAACUUGACUUGCUUGCUUACUGUUCUGUUUUGGCUGAUAAUAAAGGGAAUGGACUAAUGAGCACAAAAGUGUCAGUGGAGAAACUCUUUGAUGAUGCCCUUGUUUGUGUAUCUUCCUUCAAAUGGUUGCCUCCCUGGAGCACAGAAACAGCAGUGGCAUUUCGUGUCAUUCAUAAAUUUCUGGUUGGCUCAUCAUCUCACUCCGUAGCCGAUUCUGUUUCCAACAAAACUCUCUUCGAGUCUGCCAACUUUCACACUGUGCAGAAAACGCUGGCAGCGUCUAUGUCUGAAUAUAAAGGAAUAGUCCCUGUUAUUAUCACCUUCAUUGACAGAUUACUGGCAUGCCAUAAGCACCAAUUGUUAGGUGAACGCCUACUCGAGACGUUUGAUAAACAUUUACUUCCUAAACUUAGACUGGACUACAAUUUGGGAUCUUACUUCCCGGUGCUGGAAAAAAUUUCCCAGAGUAGUAAUGUAUCACCAAGAGGAUUGCUAGAGCUCCUUACAAAGUAUAUAGCAGUUCUUGUUGACAAACAUGGUCCAGAUACAGGGUUGAGAUCUUGGUGUCAUGGGAGUAAAGUUCUUGGGAUUUGCAGAACAAUGGUUAUGCAUCACCAAAGCUCUAAAUUAUUCCUUGGCCUAACCCGUCUUUUAGCUUUCACUUGCCUUUAUUUUCCAGAUUUGGAGGUCCGUGACAAUGCAAGAAUCUACCUGCGGAUGCUGAUUUGUAUACCAGGGAAGAAACUCAGAGAUAUAUUGAACAGUGGGGACCAUCUCCCUGGUGUAUCCCCCUCUACCCACACUACAUCUUUUACUGUCCAGUCUCCUAAAUUUCCCCGCGACCUCAAGAAAUCAAGGAACAUAUCAUCAUAUAUCCACUUGAAGCGCAUGGUUCCUCUGUUGGUUAAACAAUCUUGGUCUUUGUCACUCCCACCCAUCCUGGGCUUUGACAGCAAGAAACCCUCUUAUUUAGUAGAACCAAUAAGUGAGCCAAGAUGGGAAGUAGAUAUAAAUAAUACUAAUCAUCACACAGUCUCUGAAAAGACCUACAGAGCAAAUGAUCAGCAGCGAGAGCCUUUACGUGUCUUGGACUCCAAAAUUUCUCAGAUAGUUGAGAUAUUGAGGAGACACUUUUCAUCUAUUCCUGAUUUUAGAUACAUGCCGGGUCUCAAGAUUAAAAUACAUUGCUCGUUAUGGUUUGAGUCAGAACCGUUUAAUCGCGUAUGGAAUGCCAAUACUACGAAUGGAUCGGAUCAACUUCCUCCUGCUAUAUAUGCAACUGUUUUAAGUUUUUCUUCUUCUUCCCCAUAUGGAUCGAUCCUGUCACACCAUGUUCCUUUCCUUCUUGGUCAAACCUAUUCCGCCAAUAAAAGUUAUUCAUUAGAUAUAGUUCCAGCAGUAGAGGUGCAAGAAGAAGGAUUCUUCAAUGCUCCUGUAGUGAUUGAAUUGGAACCCCGGGACCCAGUGCCCGGGCUUGUUGACGUGUUCAUUGAAGCAAACACGGUCAAUGGUCAGAUCAUCAAAGGGCAGCUUCGUAAUAUCAUGGUGGGAAUAGAGGACAUGUUUCUCAAAGCCAUCCUUCCUGAUGACAUAAGCGGAGAUGUAGUGCCUACUUACUAUGUUGAAUUAUACAACGCUUUGUGGGAAGCGUGUGGAACCCCAACCUGUACCGGGCGGGAGAUGUUUUUGUUGAGAGGAGGCAAAGGAGUUGCUGUAGUCAGCGGGACCCAAUCAGUAAAGCUUCUGGAAGUUCCAGCUGGAUCUGUCAUCCGAGCCGUUGAGCGUUGUUUGGCGCCCUUUGUUGUUUCUAUAAGAGGCGAACCUCUUAUUAACGUCGUGAAGGGUGGGGAAGUCAUUUGGAACAUUGUCUGGGAGGAUAAUAUCACAUCGGGUUCAUUGAGUGAUGAUGUGUCAACACGAGAAAUGAGGAUUGAUGGUGGGCCCCUUUACCUCAAGUAUGUGGAUGAGGAGGAUGAAGAUGGAGGAGGUAGUGUGAUUCAUCAAGUCACUAGUACCAGGAACAUGGGAUGCUUUCAAAUUCUUGUAUUCCUUCCACCAAGAUUUCAUCUUCUGUUUCAAAUGGAGGUUUGUGAUACUUCAACACUUGUCCGGAUUAGAACGGAUCACUGGCCAUGCCUUGCUUACAUUGAUGACUAUUUGGAAGCUAUCUUUUGUGAAUAAUAUAUACUGCCUUGCCUUUCUAUAUUUUUUUUUGUUUUACUAAAAUCUUUUUGUCCUUUAUCUUUUUGCCUUUCUAUAUAUGAUACUAGUAUGUGUACCCGUGCACUGCACGACAAAAUAUGUACUUAGAGUUUUUAUUAAAAUUGUAGAGGAAAUGAAUUUUAUAUGAUUUCGUUAAUCAGAGUUUAAAAGAAAAUUCGGUCGAC